AUGAAUUUUUUUAAUAUUGCAUCGCUUUUAUUGAUGACUGCCGUGACCAGUGAAGCUAGAUUCGAAGAUUUUGUUAUCAAGGACAAAAAUGAUUUAAAACGAUUUGGAGACUAUGACGACACAAGCGACGAAUAUUAUGAAGCAGACGAAAAUUCCAUGCUGAAUUUAGAAUCACUGCGUCGGCUAUCCCACGAGGAGCCCGAUAUUAUGAAUAGGUUGAUGGAUAUUUCACUCGAUUUGCUUCCACCAGAUUUGCAGCCGAAAUUUCAACAGUGCUACGCGCAGAGGGAGUUUUCAAGUUGCUUAGAAGAUGACGACAAUUCGCUGCAACUUGUGGAAGUCCUCAAUAUGCUUCGCAGCAAUAUUUAUGAUUUCUUGUAA